ACAGCUGGAGAGUUGCGCAUGCGCCGGAAAUGCGCUGUCAGUAGCCAGGGCACUGAGGACACGAUCUGUACCGCUGGCCAGGACAGCUGUGUACCAACAACCUUCUGCGUUUAAAGUCGGAGGACAUAUCUCAUAGUACACGGCAAGUUUCCCAACGCUGUGAUGCGCAGACGUGAUGCUGAGGAGUAAACCCAGGUUGUGGUGGGGUUAGCCGUCUAUGGCUGUUACGACCAUGGACCCAAAGCCAGUCCCUCAGUCCCAGGGCGCCCUGGGUGAAGGAUGCAGCUCCCUGCUGCCCGCGGGGGGCCUGGGCACCUGGCUCGGGCCGCAUGGGAAGCACUACGCGUGCGGCUCCAUCGCGGCCUUCACCAACAUCGUGAUCACGUUCCCCGUCCAGAAGGUGCUGUUCCGCCAGCAGCUGCAUGGCGUGCUGGCGGUGGAGGCGGUGCGCCAGCUCCAGAGGGACGGCCUGAGGAACCUGUACCGGGGCCUGCUGCCCCCGCUGCUGCAGAAGAGCACCACGGUGGCCAUCAUGUUCGGCCUGUACGAGGACUUCUCCCGGCUGCUGCUGGACCGGGCGGUCAACACGGGCGUGCCGGAGCUGUUCACGCGGAGCUUCGCCGCGGCGCUGGCCGGGACCACGGAGGCCAUCCUCACGCCGUUUGAGCGCGUGCAGACUCUGCUGCAGGACCACCGGCACCACGGACGCUUCAACAACACGUUCCACACCUUCCGGACGCUUCUGAGCGAGCACGGCGUCCGCGAGUGCUACCGGGGCCUGGUGCCCGUGCUGCUGCGCAACGGGCCCAGCAACGUGCUCUUCUUCGGGCUGCGGGGGCCCAUCAAGGAGCAGCUGCCGCAGGCCUCCAGCGGGCUUGGCCACAUCACCAUCGACUUUGUGUGCGGCGGCGUGCUGGGCGCCGGCAUGGGGAUCAUGUUCUACCCGCUGAACGUGGCGAAGUCGCGGGCGCAGUCGCAGGUGGGCGGGGAGUUCCGGUCGUGCGGCGAGGUGCUGCAGACGGUGUGGCAGGAGAGGGGCGGCAGCGUGGCCAAGCUGUUCCGCGGAGCCCAGCUCAACUACCACCGCUCGCUCAUCUCCUGGGGCAUCAUCAACGCCACCUACGAGCUGCUGCUUAAGGUCAUGUGAGCGGCGGGCCCGGGGUGAGGGUCGGGUGAGGAUGGAAGGGAAGUGAUUCAGAACAAGGUGUGGAGUUGACAGUUGAUUGAAAGGAGGUGUGGCCUCGGGUCCAACGCAGGAAGCAUUGAGGUUUGUCCGAACACAACAGAAGUUCAAAGUUGGGGUUCCACGACUUAGGGAAGACAACAUUCAGGGGGAAAGAACAUAACUGCCAUUAUUACAUUUUGCUAUUGUUGCGGAAUUUAAAUGACAUGUGCUUAAGCCUGAAUAACCGAAAAUAUCUUGUUCAAGGGUCCAAUUGACAUAGCCUACAUUAGACCCUCUGGGCCUGCAUUAAUUUUGGGAGCAAAAUUCUUUCAGGCAUUUGUCAGAAAUCUCAAGGAUUAGUUUCUACUUUGUUUGUUUGUUGAGUUGUUUUGUUUCAAUUUGACCAAGAUCAGUUGCUGUGCAAAGUUGCGACCUACCAGGCCACCGAACAAAAUCAGCAGAACAAAUGUAUUGAUGAACCCCAUCAUCCAUUCUAAUAAAACGUUCCCAUUUUCACACAUCUAUGCCAAUCAGACUAAAUAUUGAAUUGUUUUUGUCAAA